GUCGUCCUUCUGAUAUUUAAACCGUGUUGUAUUCGGUAAAAAUGCACCCGACGAUGUGGGAACCCUACGAGAAAGCUACCUAGAAAUGUCUAACUGUGAUAAUUUUGUAGAACAACUCUGGAGAAAGGGGAAGUGCGCGAACUGCUUUCAGUCUCGCGACAAACAUCAAAACGCUGUCAACAAACACGAAGACGCCAAUUUUACCGGUAGUGGUUCCGCAAACUGCAGACCAAAACGAGUUGUGAUUCCUCCACAAAGCCCAAAAACUCAAAAUUUUAAAGCAUGUAGUGUUGAAAAGACAGAUAAUUUAUUUGAACAGGAACAAGGAAAGGAGGGAACUGAUAAAGGGAAUGGUGAGAACGAUAUUAAUAAAUCCAUUACACCUUGCACAACUCACGCCAUUGAAGUAACCAACGAUCGCAGUAGCACUGUGACUGAUUCAAGGAAAGAGGCACAGGAUUUCAAAACAUCGACUGCCCUUAAACCUAGGCCAGCACCAAGACCAAAACCACGACCGGCUUCUCGAGCUGUGGAAUUUAGUUAUAGCGCCGCAAGUCGCGACGAAAACCCGCAAGAAUCAGCAGAUGUGUUAAACGGUCCCACAUCGUUUGAGAACUCUCUUGGGAAUUCCCUUACUCAACCAUGUAACGCAACCUCCUCAGAAAUUCCCAUCGAGAGUGGAUUGUCAAUAUUGGAUAACGUUGAAAAAGCGAAGCUGGAAAACAGAUCUAACAACGAAACAGACAACGAGACAAUUGGUAAUAAAGUAGAUGUAGUUGAGUUUGGGGAGCCAAAGAACGAUGCGGAGUUUUUGGACGUGAACAAAAGUGACAUUCUGCCUUCAUCAGAUAACGUUUCAACCGAAAUUGAAGAAGCCGCUCCGGUAUCUACAAAUGCGAUCGAAGACGACGAUUCAAGCGACGAAUAUGUACCGAUGAAGAGCAAUAUAGUGUUGUUUGGUGUCGAAUCUGAUCCGCUACGUGAAGAAGUUCGUGAGACAGAUGUUUUGAAACCAAACUGUGAAAGCGAUAGUGACUCGAAAAAAAUGGCGAUCAGCGAAAAUCGAAUGAAAGUUGCAUGUGGCUCUCAAAUCGACGAAGAAUUGUCGUCUACUGUUUUAGAAUUUCGUAAUCCGUUGUGCAUGAUCACAAACAAGAUCAACGAAUCUAGAAUUACUGAUCGAGACACUGGUGAGUCGGACAAAUUGAAUAAUAAUCGUGAUAAUCCUAACAAGAUUAUUUGUAAAUUUUCUACUACCACAGAGCCAAAUUACGUAAAUAGAGCCUCAAGCUCAAGCAGCGAAAGUGCAGUGUCCGGCAGUCAAGAUUCGGGUUAUGAAAACACUCGAAAGUCGAACAGGGGUGAUUCUUUUAACAAUGCCUCGGGCAAUGAGUCAGUUCUUGUAGAACAAGAAGUAGGCUUGGCAGAUAUUCCAGUUACUGUCACUCCCACAACAAACGAUGGUUAUUGUAUUAUUGAGUCUAGUGGAACCUCAAGUAGCUCUUGGGGAAGCAGCACUUGGGACAGUUGUAGCACAUCAGAUUUACAUGAAAACAGUGGUGAAGCUAUGGCUGCUAAAAAUUCCUUUGGAAAUUUGAACACCAGAAAUAACAAACCUCACUUGGUGGCAUCACCCAGAGUGGCAGUAAAAGAACAACCCAUACCUAACGAAAAACUCCAAAGUAGCAAUACUGGACCUUUUUAUGUGAAUACAACAUUAAAACCAAUUACAAAACCAUAUAAAGUGGUUGACAUAAGUGCUGGUGUUGCUGUUCCAACAACAGAGAGCCCAAGUGAUGCACCACCCCUGCCCCCAAAAGAAAAGGAUCUGAAGAAAGAUAGAGCUGAGGAAUUGAAUCAUAUUUACUUGGAACCCAGUGAUGGGACUGCAGCUGCCCCAGAACAAAAUUUGAAAAAUGAAAAGGAUGAAAAGGCUAUUUCCAAGGUGAGUGCUUCUCUAAACUCAUCCUUCAGCAAAGCUUCUGGCAGUGUAAUGGACAAGAGCUCAGCUGUGCGAAGGGCCCCAGCACCAAGACCACGUUCUAGAAUACCAUCUCAAUUUGGCACCUUACCCAAACCUGCCCCUCGUACAUCAAGAAUUCUGAACGACACAGUUGUCAAGGUGGACACCAAAGAGCAAAGAGUGGUUACAGUGACCCCACCAGUUGUUUCAAUAUCACCCCUACCCACCAACCCACCUCCAGACCCACCCCCUCUUGAAAGGAGGCCAUCAUUUACAAAACCAAAUCAGGCUCUGACAAGUCCUGCCUCUUCCCCACCCCCUGUGAAGGACAUUGGGGAGCAUAGGAGCCCAGAGAAUCCACCUAAAAGUGCACCUUUGAGUCCUGUUAGUCCUGUAAGUCCUGUCAGCAAGCAAGGUGUGGCAGUAGGGGGGCUACAGGAUGGGCCUGUAAAACCCAAAAGAAGUGCCCCACCACCUCCCCCUUGUGCUUCCAGUCCUCCACCGCCAAAGUCACCUUUGUCCCAACCUGUGACGCCUGUGAAGUCAGCUAGUCCUAGUCCUUCUCAAACAAAAUCUCAGCAAGUGUCAUCUCCAACUCCCAGUCCAUCUCCACAAAAAACUCAGUCAGUCUCAUCACCAAGCCCCAGUCCAUCUCAAUCAAAAUCUCAGUCAAAGUCUAAGCCAAGUAGAUCAUCCAGCUUCACUGAACCACAUGGUGCCGACACGGAUACGAGCCCUGCAAAAAUGUCGUCUCCGAAAUCGACGAUCAGAAGGGCUUUUGCCAGCAUGAAAAAACUGGGGGGCAAAAGGAAACACAGACACAGUAAGACCAUAGAGAUUAGUGCUCCUAUUGCAGUGAAUGAUGAGGUGCCAGGCUUUUUGGAGCAGAAAGAGGCAGUGCGGCGUCGGACCUUUUCCGAAGUGAAGCCUCUACAAACCGAGAAGACCAGGGCGUCAGAGCCAGAUCAGGUUCAGCCUGCAGAAGCUAUUGCCCCUUCCGCUGAAUCGGUACUCCCACCUGCUACAGCUGAACAUGCUUCAUCUACCACUCCUCCCUCCACUGUGGAAUCACCAGCCAUUGAGGAAAGAUACGGCAAGAAAAGUUCUCCCAUUAUGCAGACCAAGCCAGGGAUUGGCUACCAGAACUUUCCUUUGUCAAAGGGAGGAGACACCCUGGAGCGUCCAAAAAAGCCUCCUCGCGUGGCCAAAGUUGUCAAACCAUUGCAGCACAACGAGCCGACGCCAGGCCAAGGUACCAACCAGCAAGAGGAAGAACCAACCUAUCUGCAACCCAAUGAAGAUGAGCUUACAAUCAAAGUAGAGACAGCGUUGGCCAAUUUGACUGAUGCUGAAAUCCUCGCUGAAGCUCUAUCAAGAGUGGAGCAAGAAUUACUUGGACCACUACCAGCCAUUCCUAGAUCCCGGCAGGUUCAUUUCCCAAGUGAAAAUUCCGAUGGCUCAAACACUUUUGCGGUUGGCAAACCAGAUCUCCCGAAGCGUCCCGUACGGGUCGUUUCCCCAACCCUCAUCAACGGGUCUGGGGACAGGGGCGAUUCCAGAUCUCGCCCCAGACUUCCCUCUAGGCCGCCAAACACAAAGCCAGCGGAACAGCCCAUGCGAGAACGAUCCCAAAGUCUAAGAACACAAACUUUAGACCGACAGAAACCCCCAGCUUUACGUAUCCGAAGUCAAUCGAUGACCGCGAAUGUCCUAGAGAAGCGCUACAAUAAGAUUUUGAAACUGCAGUUACAAACGCUGGAGGAAAUGAUUCAGUCUUGGAGAGGGGAACUACUGCCUGACCCAGAGCUAAACUUGUCUGAUACGAGGUGGUCAGACUACGAGCUCUGUGGUGAUGCUCUGAGCGUGCAAUGUCAUGGAGCUGUUCUUCUACCCGUGAAAUGUGCCAUGUUUUGGGAAGGAAACAAGAAGUUACUUGCUAAGGUGGAAUACCCGCUGCAUUCCAGAACUCGCUCUUCGGAACCUUCACCUAACCAGCAGGAUAUACGUGUAUGCGAGGCUCUGCCGUAUCACGUGAACAUAUCUCGUGUGCUGACGCAUUUUAUUGAUCACGUGCCUGGUGAUGCAAUUGGGCAACCCGACUGUGAUUCGUACGAGACGUUGGUGAGCAUCACAGAUCAGAUACCUUGUGAAACUGUCGCUGACUUUCUCAAACGCACCAUUGACGAACACAAAAGUGAUCCAGAAACUUAUGAGAAGAAAAUUUGUCUGCUAGUUCUUCAGCUUUUGAGUGCGCUGAAUCAUUUACACCAAGAGGCCGUUGUUCAUCGCGACUUGAAAGCCGAGAAUCUUUACAUUCUGGAAGGCGAGCUCGUGGUAAUUACCAAUUUCCAGUGUGCGCUCAAGCAGCCUAGAGGCACUCAACCCAGUCCCUUUAUUUUAAGCCAGAUCACGUCGAGCCAUUUUAGCGGCAACCCUGAACAUCUUCCGCCAGAAAUAGCGAAUGCGUCAAAAGACUCAGAGCAGUUGAAUUAUGAAGACUGCGACACUUUUGCGGCUGGUUGCUUAAUUUACGAGUUCCUUCACAGACACAAUCCUUUUGCUGCUAACCCGAGCCUUGUCAAGCAGAGUUAUGACCAAACUGAUCUUCCUCCAGUUCCCUUCAAUUCGCGAUAUUCAAGGGGACUGAGCACGAUUGCUCGUCAGUUGUUACAACGUCACCCCCAGGAACGUUUGUCUGCUGUGGAAGCCAUUGAAAUGCUUCAGGUAUUGCUAUGGGGGCCGAAAGAACUUGACGAUGAGAGCAUAGACAGCACCAUUGGCGAUUGGCUAGAAACGGAGCGAGCACAUACAGUUGCGAUGAUUGCGCGAAACCAAAUCCAGAAGAGUUGCAGCUCGGACGAUUUCUUGGAGACUUACAUGAAGUGUCAGUUUCUUGUGGAUGCUUCUGUGGAGACAAUAUCACAUAUUUAUCAGCAACUUGAUCUCGACCAGUGAGGAUGUCCUGAACCAGGUUCGAAGGAAUGUAUCUUUUCAUUAACUUAUAAACUUGUGCAAAUGUAAAUUACGCGAGCAUGUUGUCGUUCGAAACUGACAGCCGUAUGUUAGUUUACUUGCGCCGGGCCAAUCAGGAAUCACGUUAGGUUCGUUUGCUUACAUAUUGGUAUUAAAUAAGCAAAGUGUAGUCAGAUAUAGUUUAAAAUGUAGGUGUGUACUACGCUUUAGGCGUAUGUUUGUCAGUAAACCUCGUCUUGUUCGUUUUGUGCUCCAUUUAAGACCAAAUUGUGGUAAAUGAUAAAAUCUGUUAAGUAUCGUGGUUAAGUAAAUCAGGUUUAGAAAGAUCCAAGAACAGCUCGAGGUUAAAUGUCUACAAUUGACCUAACAAAAGAAAUUAAUACGUGUGAGUGAGCGGGUUUUCUUCCACAUAAACCGUUCGAUUGUCGCAAGAAACUCGCGUGUGUUGGGAAAACCAUGCGCGUCGCUUGUAACAUACCUCGUUGCGGUUUACAGUCAUCUCGCCGCCAGCGAGCCCGCCAUCAAGGCAACCUCACCACCACUAAAAUUGCGACCGAGGUCGCUAGCUAAUUUGGCAUGAAUUCAAAGCUUUAGGCGACUCUUACGUUCGAUCUCGAGCUUCGGGAGCAUUGCCAUAAGAAUUCCACGGGAAAUACCGCAGAGCCGUGCGAGGUAACACGCCUUAACGAUAUCGAUUACACUUCGGUUGCGAGUCUUCCUGGCGGUGAGGUGACUGGUUACCCUGAUUACCCACUACCUGGGUAGUAAUGCUUAAUUGACUUUAUUAGAUGAUUUCACACAGCAUAUGCUACUCAUAGAGUAAUGGGGAAACCAGGUUCUCCUAAAGUAUGUUUGGUUGAAUUUCAUAGAUAUUCUAAGGAGGUGAUAUUUAAAAUUGGUCGUUACGAGUAGGUUGAAAUCCCCGUGGGUAUGUUGUAGGGUAGCAAGUUUUAGAGAGUUAUCUUUGGAUGCCUUCGUUUUCUCAGGCAUUUCAAGUUAUUUUUGAAUUUCUUUCCAGAAUAAUGAUAUGUAUAUGUAUAUUCCAAAAAAAUAUAUUUAUAUUUGGUUGUCAUAGGUGACGCCUCUAUAGAAUUUAAAAUUUUUUUUUCAAUUUUUUCCCUAGCAAGGAAACGUGCAUAAUUAUUAUUAACUUUUAUUUAACGAGGAGAUAUUUCCCAGCGUAGUGUAGAAAGCUCAACGUUAUUUUUUGUAUAUUUUUAAAAUGUCUUUGAAAUUUCAUUGCUUCCUCGAAUUUAAAGAAAUGUAUUUUAUUUCAAGAAUAUUGGAAAUUUGGAAAAUUGUCACGUUGAAAGAAGAGUUUGGGAGCAAGUGACGUUUUUGGACGAUCUUGAUGAAACUCAUUGGGGACCGAGAUGAUCUUCAAAGAGCACUCGAAGAGACUCGUACAGGACAAUAAAAAUUGAUAAUCCCACAGUGUCAAAUGGUACAGACAAGCCCUAAGAACGAUCCCUUGACAAGCAAUUAGACAAGCCCUCAGAAAUAGAUAGGUUUUUUUUCUCGGUCACGUGCUUUUACGCAGACAACAUCGUGUGAAGUGAACUUUUUGCUGCUUUUAAAUUGGACUAAAAGAAUUGGAAUUUAGUUGUUACUUCACGAUGAUUUCCCGAGAACGAGACUUGCUCCCCGAUCAAUUACGGGAUAGUUGGUUUUAACUUAUUUGACGUCAUUCUGAUUAAAGGAAUAGGAAAGUUA